GGACUGGUCACUGAACCUGAACGCUGCCGGAAGGGCCUCGUCCUGAGCCAUCUCGCAAAAGCUCAAUCCCCAUUUGCCAGCUGAAAAAGAGAGCGGAGCGCUCCACUCGGCGGCUGCGCUGCUCUUCCGCUGCUCCUGCUCCUGCUCCUGCUGGUGCUGCUUCCUCUUCGCGCGCGGGCGGGGCCUGCCUCGGGCGCCGGGGGCUGGAAUCGCUGUGGUUUGUGUGUUCCAGAACACAUCGGGCGUCGGGCGACUCCUCUGCCCUUCCUCUCUCUCGCUCGCUCCUCCUCCCUGGGUCGAUCUCUCGCUCGCUCUCGCUGUGGCCGCUUGUGGGACUCGCUCGCUCGCGCCUCUUGCGCCUCUCGUCGGCUGAAGAGCUCGUCGGAGGAGGUUGUCGAUGGGGAGUACGGAGAGGGAGUGAGUGAGUGAGUGAGGGAGGAACGGGAGAGGAAGGAAGGCGAGGGAGGGAGGGAGGGAGGAGGAGGAGGAGGGUGGCAGGGGGGGGCGCGGGGCAGGCGCGGGGUUGCCACCGGGUAUUUUAUGGCUGCAGAGCUUUCGAGCAUUUCCCAGAGCAAUCACUGCUCUCGGACAGCAUCCCAGUCCCAGCUGGCGCAGUGGCUCGGGGCGGCCAGGCGAGAGAGGAGACUGCAGUAGGCGGAGAGUGUAUGCGACAGGAGGAUUUGUAGUAACGGCAGCAGCAGCUGCUCCGACAGGGCGAGGGCAGGACGAGCUCGUCGGAUGUUGGACGAGCGAGGGAGUGGGGCAGGGACGGGGCUCGCGUAGGACGAGGAGGAGUUGGCGGUGGAGGUGGAGGUGGAGGUGGAGCAUGCGGACGCAAUGUUGCUCCGAGUGCUGUAGAUGCCGUGCGUCGCGGCUGUAGGGAUUCCUGCGGAUUGGGAGGACUAGACGAGUAUCGCGACCUUCUCUGAGUCGACCGAAGUUUGUGUGCCUGAUGGUCGGGCCGAGGAUUUCGGUUUGAGGAUAGGCAGCUGCUAAUGUAUCCUCGGAAGAUUAGAGGACUUCGUUUCGUGAUUUUGUUCGGACGAGAAUUUGCGAAGCGCUAAGCGGCGGGCGGGCUCUUCAAUAUUUCAGCUGUCGGAAUGGAAGACUCGAAGAUGUCGAGUAACGAGAGACCACGCCGACGCGUGCUAUUUGUUUCGGCGGGGGCGAGUCAUUCUGUUGCACUUUUGACUGGCGAUAGUGUUUGCUCAUGGGGCCGUGGAGAGGACGGGCAACUCGGGCACGGUGACGCAGAUGAACGGCAUCUGCCUACAAUUAUUAGCACGUUGGGAGAAUGUGAAAUUUCAGCUAUUACUUGUGGGGCUGAUCACACUACUGCAUAUGCGGACUCUACUAGAACCGUUUACAGCUGGGGCUGGGGAGACUUUGGAAGACUUGGGCAUGGUAACUCUAGUGAUCUUUUCAUACCCCAUCCCAUCAAGGCGCUAAGAGGGAUUGAAAUCAGCCAGAUUGCCUGUGGAGACAGUCAUUGUUUGGCAAUCACCACACAGGGUGACGUACACAGCUGGGGGCGGAACCAAAAUGGACAACUUGGACUAGGGCAUAAUGAAGACUCCUUGGUACCGAAGAAAGUUGUUGCAUUCGAGGGCAUAGCUGUCAAGAUGUUGGCUGCAGGGGCCGAGCACACCGCAGCCGUGACGGAAAGUGGGAAGCUUUAUGGUUGGGGAUGGGGUCGAUAUGGAAAUCUAGGGCUAGGUGAUCGAAAUGAUCGAUUAGUCCCAGCCGAAGUUGCCGGGGUGAAUAAUGAAAAGUUCACCCUUGUUGCGUGUGGCUGGCGACACACCAUUGCUGUCGCGGAAUCGGGAAAUCUAUACACCUUUGGAUGGAGCAAGUACGGACAGCUAGGACAUGGAGAUUACUUGGACCAUUUAGUUCCUCACCAAGUUGCUGCCUUGAAGAACAAUCCGAUUGUCCAGAUCUCCGGAGGGUGGAGGCACACAGUGGCGUUAGACAGUUCAGGACGUCUUUAUGGAUGGGGUUGGAAUAAGUUCGGGCAAGUAGGAGUUGGUAACACCGAUGACCAAACUAGUCCGCAAUUAGUGAAAAACCUUGCCGAAGAGAAAGUGAAGCAGGUCUCCUGUGGGUGGAGACACACAGUUUGCAUCACUGAGAGGGGAAAUGUGUUUUCAUGGGGACGCGGGACGAGUGGUCAGCUGGGGCAUGGUGAUGCAGUGGACAGAAGUUUACCGAAACGCAUAGAGGCUCUUAGUGCAGAUGGACUUGCUUGCCAAGAACUUGAAAGUUCUAGGACAACAACCUCUACAGGGUCUCAUUGGAUCUCACCGUCGGAAAGAUACGCUGUUGUGCCGGUUGAAACGGUGAGAUCGCUUUCCAGGAAUAUGCACCAAAAUGCAAAUGUUGGAGAUAAUGAAGUACCAUCAUCGGAUGCUAGUGUUCCUGACACAGAUGUUAAACGGCUACGGACGGGCUUUUAAUCAUUGGUAGGCCCCACUCACUGAGCAUAAGGAAACAUGAUGUACCUGUUCACUGUGUACAUGGCUGGGUUAUAUGGAGUGCUCUACUAUUUGCGAUUCCACGGUCAAGAGAUUUUGAAACCAGUUGGUGCCGGGGCUUUUGAGUUGGUGUUGUAUCCCCCGUAAUCUCCAGGAAUGUGCAGUUCUUGCAAGCAGGCUCAAUUCGACACUUUUAUCUAGUCUGGAUGAUAUCAUCACGUUAGCCUUGUCUUCAGAACGUUCUGCCCACUGAACAGUGUAAACUCAUGGUUACUCUACUUCACUCUCUCUUUCUUUUUAUUGCUUAGCUCUCGGAUGUUAUAUAUAAAAUUUCAGUAAUUUUAUCCACUCA